CUGGGACCUAUAAGGUGCCUAGGCUUCAGCUGGCAAGGGGGAGUGCAGGAUGGAGAGAUACCAGGAGCUAACAGUGCUGCUGCUGCUGCUGCUGCUGGAGGGAGGCUCCUGGGGAGCCGGCCACCUUCGCCCUCUGUGCAGACCAACUAAUGCCACCCUGGCUGCAGAGAGCGAUGCCUGCCCAGUGUGCGUCACCUUCACCACCACCAUCUGUGCUGGCUACUGCCCCAGCAUGGUGCGGGUGCUGCCAGCCGCUCUGCCUCCUGGCCCUCAGCUGGUCUGCACAUACAGGGAACUCAGCUUCUCCUCCAUCCGGCUGCCUGGAUGUCCCCCUGGCGUGGACCCCAUCUUCUCCUUCCCUGUGGCCCUCAGCUGCAGCUGUGGAUCCUGCCGCCUGAGCCAUUCAGACUGCGGGGGUCCGAGGGCCCGACCCCACCUCUGCACCCGGCCCCACCUCAGCCUCCACCUUCUCUAGAGCCCAGACCUGGGGCCCUAACCUCUCCCUUCGCCUCUAGGGUGGCACCUUCCAGUUCCUCUUUUCCCCCCACUCCCCUUCCAUCCCCUCCCUCCCCCCAAUCCCCAAUAAAGGUUUGUCAUCUCGC